UGUCCUAUUUUUUUUAUUACAUGUCCACUAUCACAACAACGACAGCUGCAUUGUUCACGCAUCGUGACUUUUAUUUUAAAAUUCUCACUAAACGUCUCACUUGACUUCGGGACUAGUCGUGACCGGAAAUGCCGUCAGUGUCGACGCCGGCAGCUCCCCAUAGCUGGUGAUCCUCCUUCACACUCCAGAAAAUUGUGACCGGACCGCGGUGCCGCUGUCAUCAUGGCUCUGUAUGAAUAUGUCACUCAGGAGCAGCUCUCCGGCUUUGAUAAAUAUAAGUACAGUGCGGUGGACACCAACCCGCUCUCCAUCUACAUCAUGCACCCCUUCUGGAACGCCAUGGUGAAGAUCUUACCCACUUGGCUGGCCCCUAACCUCAUCACCUUCACUGGGUUCAUGUUCCUGGUGCUCAACUUUGCCAUCUUAUCCUUCUACGACUAUGACUUCUAUGCAUCAGCGGAGGGUCAUGCUCACGUGCCAAGUUGGGUUUGGAUAGCUGCAGGCCUUUUCAACUUUCUGGCAUACACACUAGAUGGUGUUGAUGGGAAGCAGGCUCGCAGGACGAAUUCGAGCACUCCUCUGGGCGAGCUGUUUGACCACGGCCUGGACAGCUGGGCGUGUGUGUUCUUCGUGAGCUCCAUGUACUCUGUGUUCGGGCGUGGUGAGAGUGGAGUCAGCGUGCUCACGCUCUACGGCUUGCUCUGGGUCGUCCUCUUUUCUUUCAUCCUCUCACACUGGGAGAAAUACAACACUGGUGUGCUCUUCCUGCCCUGGGGCUACGACAUCAGCCAAGUGACAAUCUCUAUCGUGUACAUCAUCACAGCUGUGGUGGGCGUGGAGAAGUGGUACAAACCACUGAUCUGGAACAUUCUCUACAGAGAUCUCUUCAUCGUCAUGAUCUUGGGUUGUUUGUUUGCUGUAACGCUACCAAUGAGCCUUUACAACGUCUUAAAGGUGUACCGCAGUAAAACGCUGAAGCACAGCUCUGUGUACGAGGCCCUCCUGCCUUUCUUCUCGCCCAUGCUCCUCUUCAUCCUCGCCACACUGUGGGUCAUCCUGUCUCCCAGCAACAUCCUAGAGCUGCAGCCCCGACUCUUCUACCUGAUGGUGGGAACAGCCUUUGCCAAUGUUACUUGUAAGCUGAUUGUGUGUCAGAUGAGUAACACACGCUGCCAGCCUCUGAGUUGGCUGUUGGUGCCAAUGGCGUUGGUGGUGUUGCUGGUGAUCUCUGGAGUGGUGCAGCAAAGUGAGACGGUGCUGUUGUACGUGUGGACAGCUGUAGUCAUCCUCGCGCACAUACACUAUGGAGUUUCAGUGGUGAGACAGCUAAGCGGUCACUUUAAGAUCUAUGCGUUCUCGCUGAAGAAGCUGAGCUCGGACUGACUAGAUGAGGAGAAGAUCGGCCUGACGGCGGCGGAGGUCUAAGCAGUCACGGUGUCCUCCUCGACCCAUCGACGCUGAACCCACCAACGCCGAGACACACCUCAAACCAGGAAACCAAAAGCUGCUGACCGAACACGCCUUCUCCCACCCGAACACGCAGGACAUAGCGAUGCGGUAGACACGUCUCUUCCUCAUCCUCUGUGGAGCUGCGUGACAGGAUCAGCUGCGGGCGGUUCGGCUUCUCCGGUGUCCGUUAAGCAGAUUCACUUGUUUCCUACGGAAAUGCACUUUCUGCCAAGAUACUGGAGCCUGGAAUGAUUAACACAUAUCCACAUUCUAAAACCUAACCACACACAUACACUCAUUCACAUGCAGCAACCAACCACGUGUUAACAUGUAACACAUUAAUGAAUGUUUUCUACAUUUUUGCCUUGGGCCAUUUUAUUUGGAUUUAUUUCUGGCUUAUUUUUAGUCUCAAAAGGUUAAAAAGCUUAAAAAAGGUGACUUUUUCUAGUUUGUGGCAUUACAGGAUCAUAGUGUAGUAGAAGUGGAGCAGACUUUGUUUUUGGAGGAAAUCUGGGUUAGAUUCUUACUUUCCUCUGGUGUUUUCAUCAGACCUCUAUUCAGAAGACGGACAGACUCAAAGAGUCGGGCGGAGCAUCAGCUGUAAUAAACCACUCACGGACCUCAGAAGCUCCUUUGAUGAUCAAACACAUGGUUUUAUGGGGCCUGACCUUUCACUCCUGCAUCCCCACCCAGCUUCAGCUGCUUCUUCUACCUUUUUUCCCCUUUCCUUUAUUUUACAUUGGUGAUGGUGUGUCAGUGUGCCGAUUUUACUUUUUUGUUUGUUUUUUUAAACUAGUGAGCUUUUAUUGAGUUUAUUUGCGCUUAAAUGAAGAGUGCGCUUCAAACCCUGUCCAGGAGAGGGCGCACUCGGAGUGAGCGAGUGGCACCUCGCUCUGUUCUCUAAACGCAAUAAAAGCGCUAGUCAUGUCUCAUCAAUUCUUUUCCUUUCUUAUGGUCUUUAGCUUUUCUUUUUAAUCCUUUUAUUAUUAUUAUUAUUAUAACAAAUUUGACUUCAGUUUUCAUCAAUGUCCAAAGUGUCAGUAUGCGUGUACUGUAAUGUGUGUGUGAGAGAGAGAGUGUGACUCUGGACACUUCAUGGUACUGUCACCAUGGGAUCAGGGUGAGUCUGUGAAAUCCGUAAUUUAAUACUUGAUGUUGAUGAUGUAAUAUAAUGUAUUAUCACCACAGUUACUCUUCUAAUCAUUUUUAAAAAAAAAAAAAAAUCAGAUGAUGUGAAACUUCUGAGAUCCUCCAGGGGGCGUGACCUCGAACGUGACCUCGAACGUGACCCCCUCACCCACUGGUGUGCAAACAUGCACAAGCAAAUGGACUGCGGGAGAAACCUCUCUAAACUCUGAUUCUUUGGGAGGUUUAUGAUGAAAUAGCUACGUUCCUGUGUGUCGUGUUGACCGUGUAACAGCUAAACAGCUAUUUAAUAAACAAUUUUGCACGAGGUCAGUACCUAGUGUACAUCAAGCCAUUUAUUUUAUUGUUUUAUUUUCUAUUUUAGACACCUAUUAGUCAAAUCUUUUUUUUUUUAUUUUAUACAGGUGCUCUAAUGUCAGGUUUCAGAAAGCGAGCCAAUGUGUUUAAAGGGGAACCCUGGCUUUUUUUUUUUUUCUUCCUCCGGUUUAAUAUCUAUGUAGAUGAAGCAUAUGUGGGUUUUUUUUUAUUUAUUUAUUUUUUAUUACGGUUAACAAGUUUCCCUGUACUACGAAAACAACAAGCCUGUUUCAUCAAAACUAUUACUAUUCAAGUCUAGGGGCAGAUGUUAAAUUUCACUGAAAAUUUAUUCAAAAGAGUAAACUAGCAAUAAAAGCUUUAAAGUUUAAAGCAUUUGUAUAAGCAACAAUGGUCCAGAGUUAGAAUUACUGCUUAAUUUCAAUCUUUGCGUUCAGACCCACAAACUCGUGUAGUGUGUUCAGUUGUAGUACCACAAAAGUGUAUAUAUGUUUGUGAAAGCGCUCCCAUAAAUACUUUUUGGCAAACAUUUAUCGACUGCUCCCACAUCUGCCCUUAGACUUUCAACAUGUCAGAUUAGAGCAUUAGUUUUUUUUUUUUCUUUUCAGUUAAAUUACCAGGUGUUUGACUUUUAUUUUGUCCCUGACAAUCACACAUAUGCUACAGAUUCAUUAGAUGGACAUCAAAUUGAAAAUGGCUUAAGUAUUCCUUUAAUGGGUUGUGCUGAUUAUUAGCCAGGUUUUAUUACGCUGUAUUGCUGAAAGCUCUGAGCAGAACAGGUUACUCUUUACUGUGUACUCGGAUGUAAUGCUAGCGCCGUCAGUGCUGUCACCUGCUAGUGACUCUUACGUUUCAGGAUCGUCCCUUAAAAAUGUGAUCUUUAUUUGUCUAUAACUGGAUCGGGAAGCACAAGAGAUUUUUUUUUUUUUAACUGCUAAAAAUAAUCUCCUGUAUCUUACUGUGUGUUUUGUAAGUGGUUAAUCAAAUUGUAUGUUUUUUUUUCCUUGUGGGUUUUUUUUUUUUUUUUUUUUUGGUUAACUUAAACAAACUACUCGCUAUGACCACUAAAUAAUAAGUGUGAUGAAAUGCAGAUGUACUGUAUUGUGCCCUACAUUUGCAAAGCCCUAUUAAAUGAAAGCAGAUC